GCUCUUCCUGAUCUGCAAAACGACUUUCACAGAGCGAACUUGUGAACAGGAGCACGAAGGACUGUGCUCUGCUGCGGCCGGACUCUCCGUCUGGGCAGAUGGAUUUUAAAGAGUUCGGAGAUGAGUCCUCCGAUGGACACGCCGGGGAUCUGGACAGCGUGAAAGCGCUCACAGAGAAGCUGAAGUUAGAGACUCGCAGACCAUCCUAUCUGGAGUGGCAGGAGCGGGUGCAGAGUCGGUCGUGGAAGGAAAUCUCUUCAGCGGACAGUCCGGACUCCGGAGGACAAGUCGUUCCCCUGCCUACGAGUGAAAACUCAGAACUGGUUGUACGCAACAUCUGCGGCUUUGACUCUAUUGAUGAUGCUCUGGAGUUUCUGAGAAAAGAGCUGAGAGAAAUGCAAGUUCAGGACAACCGUCUGGCCCGUCAGCUGAUCCGCCUGCGUGGUGAGAUCCACAGGCUGAAAGUGGAGCAGGUGUGCGACCGCCAUAAGGAGAUGCUGGACGAUGCAACUUACGAGCUGGAGGAGUGCGGAGAGGAAUCAGACCUGCUAUGUGACAUCCCCAUGAAGGCUGCCUUCGCUCUGUCCACCCCUCUAAAACACCUGGGCCUCACCAAGAUGAACAUCAACUCUAGACGCUUCUCACUGUGCUAAAACCACAACUCGUCAUUAAUUUUUCUUAGACUGUUCCCACCGCUUCCUCUGUGUUUGUGUAGUCAUAUUAUUGGGGUUAUUUCCUCCUCUGAAGGUAUUUCAGUGAUAGACUGAAGAGUGGCUGCCAGCUACUGGUGCCAAAAUUGAAAAUGAAAACAGUUCAUUUGAUGUGUACACUGCCUUGACAUGCAUGAGGAAGCUUCUGUGUGCCGACCUAAAGGGGCACACACCCAUUAAAACCGACACACCUUCCUGCAGGACGGAGCCUGGGCUGCUCUACGACUGACUGUUCUUUGCACAAACGCAUGUGAAUCAAAGCAGACAGACGAAGACUAAGAGCUAGACUGAAAUGUGAAGGUACAUGUGGGCACAGGAAUCAUGUUAAGUAAACAAAAUUCACGUGUGCCAAAGAAAUGCAAAACAGCUGGGGGGGGGAGUAGGACGGUGUAGCUGGAAGAUUGUCGUGGAAAAAAGAAAUAGAGCCAAAAAAGCCAAAAAGUUUGGGAACAACGGCUUUACAUCACUACAUGUGACUUUUGUGUGGAGUUGACGUAAAGAAAAAAGAAAAGUAUGAAGGUUUGUACAUCUGGUCUGAUCAGUUCAGCAAACACUUUUCACUCCUUUCAUUUUCAAGAUGCACAUUCCAGCUGUUGAAGCCUUCAUCUGUGUACUUUCUCUACCAGUAUCCUGAGAGGAAGUGGGAGGUCACACUUUAUACCUGUUCUUCACAAACCAAAAAUAUCUCGCUCACUCACUGCUGCAGUGACAGGACCCAGGAGGCCACACAUGAUGUAUUUUGUUUUCCAGUACUAUGUCCAGAUGCCGCAGAGCACCGAGUGCGAGCUAUAUAUGGCUGGACAGUGACAAAGUGUAUGAGCUGCCUAGUGGACAAUUUAGGACAAGUUAAAUGGUUUAUCAUAGAGCAAGUAAGAAGAAUAAAAGGUUUUUCAUGAAUGACAUUUUACAUGUGUUAAGUGUAAAAAAAUCUAUUGUUUUUUUUAUCAUGAUAUUGUUAAAUCAUGCAACUGUAAUAUGAAUGUACAUAUAUGACAAAUGAAUAUAAAAUUCAAAAUGCCUUAAAAUGUAAACAGCUGUUGCACAGAAAACACAAUAUUAAAGACACUUUAAUAUGUCUA